UCGAAACUUGUGGAACUCUGCUUCUUAAUUCAGGAACCCUCAUUAAUAUCGCAUGAUACAUAUUAAUUUUGGAGCACUGUUUUAAAACACGCCAAUUACUAGACUAUACAUAUGUAUGUAAGAUAGAGGACAAUCACUAUAGAUAAAAAUUUUUGAUCUAUACCUUCAAUGACGUAUCCAUGUUGACUAAAGUAAUAACACGACUUUAGUGGUACAUGCAUACAGAAAAGGAAGCAACGGUCUUUUCAGUUUUAGUUUUAUCCUUUUAAAAAAAUUACUAAAUGUGAUAAAAUGUGCAUAUGGAGUCGUUUAGAUGCAGUGUACAGAAGUAUUUUACUCACAAAAUUUUUUACAAAAGGCUGGGGUAGCCCUGAAAAUUUGAAGAGGAUUUUUGAAUUCAGAAAAGUUAUUGCUAAUAGAGAAGCAUGUUACAACCUCAUACCUUCAGAUUAUCCCAUCAAUAUAAUUAAGGAUGAAGAAUGGUCAGACUGUCACAUAAUAGAAGGGAACUUUGAAACUCCGCUUCAUAAACAUCUUCCUGGUAUAAUGCCCAAUGAAACAAUAACUGCACAUUUUCAAUUAGUUCUACCAUGCAAAUGGUAUUCUCAUAAAAUAAAACCCAUUUGUUUACACCUUGCAGGUACAGGAGAUCAUUAUUUUUGGCGAAGGAGACAGUUAUUUGCUAAACCCUUGUUGAAAGAAUCUGGAAUUGGAUCUUUAUUAUUAGAAAAUCCAUUCUAUGGUUCCAGAAAACCAGAAAAUCAAAUACGUUCUUGUUUACAUAAUGUUUGUGACAUAUUUAUCAUGGGAGGAUGCUUAAUAAUGGAAUCAAUUGUAUUAUUAAAUUGGUGUGAGCAACAAGGUUUUGGACCCUUAGGUUUGACAGGACUAUCAAUGGGUGGUCAUAUGGCUUCUUUAGCAGCAACUAACUGGCCAAAACCAAUACCACUGGUUCCUUGCCUUUCAUGGUCAACUGCAUCACCAGUGUUCACUCAAGGAGUAAUGAGUGCCUCAAUUAAUUGGACUCUUUUAGAAGAUCAGUAUUUUGCAAAUGAACUUUACCAAAACGAUCUCGCUAAAAUGGUUAGAAUUAUUGGCGAAGAGGAUGCAUUCCUAGCUGGACAACAUUUUGCUCAACACUAUCCUGCAAGUAUGAAAAGGAUUAGUGAAUUACAAGAUAAGCCCCAAGGUGCUAAUGAAGAAGUAGCUACUAUAACUGCCUCUCCAACUGUGAUUAAAAAAGAAACAAAUAAGGACCAUGAUUCUGAAAGUGAGGACAAUAAUGUAAAAAAUGAAAUUAGUGAAGAUAGAGCAGCAAGAAUAUUUCCUUUGAACCUUAUAUCUAACAGAUUCAAGUUAAAAGAUUCAAGUGUUCUUAAAGGUAUUUGUUUGUUACCAGUGCCGCGACAUCCACUGUUUUCGGAUUGUAAAUGGCGUGAACGAGAAGCAUUGCAAUUUAUGUGCGGAAUAAUGGAUGAAUGUACGCAUUUAAAAAAUUUCGAAGUACCUGUUGAUACUGAACUGAUCAUUGCUGUCUGUGCGAGGAACGAUGCAUACGUACCGCGCGAUGGUUGUAUGAGUUUAGAUAAAAUUUGGCCAGGAGCUGAAAUUCGCUAUAUAGAUGCAGGGCACGUAUCUGCGUAUCUUCUUCACCAGAAAGUAUUCAGAUCCACCAUUAUCGAAGCUUUCAAACGAUCAAUGAAGAAAUAUCCUUUACAAAUCAGUUGAUAUAUGUGUAAUUCUAGCGAUAAACUAAAUCGACUAGAAAUAAUGUAAAGAAACUUUUCUAAGCGACUAUUUUUAGAAUGCAAUUUUGUGCGCUUUCUUAUGAUAUUUAUUUGACCCCUUUUUUAAAAAUACUUUACAAUUUUGACUAUUUUUUUAUAUUUAAACAAGUUGGUUACUUUGAAUAUCGAAAAAGGUAAUCAUGUACGCCCCCCUUAUAUUUAAAAUUUUUACGAAAUGUUAUACUAUUAGAUAUAAUAAGAAAAUGAAACGUGUAUUUUAUGAAAUAUGAAUAAAUUGUAUAUAAUAUA